GACAGGAGACAGAAGAGGACCUUAAAGAUAGCAGCGUCCUCAUCACUGCGGAAGUCGUGCUUCGCUGCGUGUUUCCACGGGAUACGGAACAUGGUCUUCUCGUCAUCGUCCCAUACGAGACCACGUCCACCUUAAGAGGCAGCUGGGCGGAGCUAAGGGAAAGCGAAAGUGCAAGAGGAAACGGUCGGAAAAGUCCCGCAGCUCGUCUCACCGCAUUCACACAUCUCACAUCUCAUCCGCCUGUUUCUGUGUCUCAGAACUCCACCAACAUGUCCAAGUUUAAGAUUAGUCCUGACAACCAGCUCAAGGUUCAAAACUACCGCCACUCGCUGUAUCAGAAGGCAGAAGAUCUUUUCUCCAAUCAUAUCCCAAAGAAGAUUUCUCAGCUGGACAAUCUGAUUCAGGAAGAAGAACUGUGCGUCUCAGAUCUCUCCUCCCUCCAUGCACCCCUUGAUAUUCCCAUUCCUGAUCCUCCAAACCCAGAAGAGGAGGAGAUGGAGACAGACAAGAACGAAGACGAGGACAAGAAGAAGAAACGUCCUGUGUGUGGCUUCAUCAAGGGAAAUGAGAAGAUCAUGAAGCUGCUAGACGUGGUGAAGCCUGAGAUCACGGGUCUGAAAGAGACCUGCAUCACUGUUUCCUGCUGGAUUUCACUGCUAAUUCCUAAGAUAGAAGACGGAAAUGACUUUGGAGUCGCAAUUCAGGAGAAAAUCCUAGAGCGAAUCGCUGCUGUGAAAACCAAACUGGAGGGAUUUCAGACCAACAUUAACAAAUAUUUCACAGAGAGAGGCGACGCAGUAGCCAAAGCCUCCAAAGAUAUGCACGUGAUGGACUACCGCUCACUCGUCCACGAGAAAGACGAAGCAGCGUACUGCGAGAUCCGCGUCAUCUUACUCGACAUCCGUGGAUAUUACGCCGAGCUCUACGACAUCAUCAGCAAGAACCUGGAGAAGGUCGUCAACCCCAAAGGAGAAGAGAAACCCUCUAUGUACUGAGAGUGAGACGCCUCGUCAUGUUUCACUCACCUGUCUGACUUCACACCUGUUAGAAAUGCUGUUUCUAUUGGAUAGUUCUGACCGAUCCCAGCUACACACUGGCAAGACACUCACUUCAACAGAAAUAAACUCUAGUGUUUGAUAUUAA